GGAACCCUGCCCCCACCCGAGUUGGUUGUGAAAAAUAUUCCGAGCUAGUCUGUGAGAGUAUGUUAGUGUGAGAUUGGUUUCAGAAGGCUGACAGUAAAGGUGCAGAGAUGGCCGGCCCGAAAUGAAAUCAUUUCUCAUGUACUGUACACAUGAAAGCUCUGGCACACGAAGCCAGACAGGAGAUGGCAUGUUAGGGAGUGGAACAUACCAACAGUACAACCAACAGAGGGGAACACAUCAGCAGGAGCUUGGAAAAUGCACCAAUGAGUUCACCCGGCACAAAUGUAUGCGGGACUCCGAGCAGGGGAAAGGAGGAGAAACCACACGAUAUGACUAGUCUUAGUGUCUUUCCUAAAAGUGUUUAAAAACACACGUGAGCAGCAGCUUCCCCCCGGUUCUGUCCAACAUAUGUCUAAUCACACCCGUAGACCGCAUGUGUUCUGUUCCUACUGGACUAUUAAAGAUGUGGCUGUGAAGUUUGCAGCAGCUCCUGUAACUGUUCCUUGACUGAAUACCGAAAGUGCUUGAGGAGGUGAGCCCCAAUAAGCAGUUCUUUUCCUGGCAUCCGGCGGCGAGUACUUUUACUGAAGGGGACUGCAGUAAAUGUUAUGACACAUCCAGAGCUGUCCUAUCUCUUGCAAGUGCGUGAUGAAGAGGAUUUGCAUGUUGCUGUAGCACACGACAGCCUAAUGCUCUGACUUGUAAUUUGAAAGAACCCUGGGGUACCUGGGAGAAACCUCUUACAGCCUACUUGGCGUGAUGAGCAAGUUCACCUUUCAGAACAACAAAGUGAUGCAGGACCGCCGGAGUGUUUGUGUCUUCCUUCCAAAUGAUGAAGCUCUCAACAUUAUUGUGAAUGUUAAAGCCUUGUGCCAAGAAUUAUUCGUUCAAGUCUGUGACCUUCUACGGCUGAAAGACUGUCAUCUUUUUGGGCUAAGUGUCAUACAAAACAAUGAACAUGUUUAUAUGGAACAGAUGCAGAAGCUCUGCAAGUAUUGUCCAAAGGAAUGGAAGAAGGAAGUAAGCAAAGGCAUUGACCAGUUUGGUCCACCUAUGAUUAUUCAUUUCAGGGUACAGUACUACGUGGAGAAUGGGCGAUUAAUUGGUGAUAGAGCAGCUAGAUACUAUUACUACUGGCACUUGCGGAAACAGGUUCUCCAGUCCCAGUGCAUGCUACAUGAGGAAGCCUAUUUUCUACUUGCUGCCUAUGCUUUACAAGCAGACCUUGGCAACUACAAAAGGCACAAACACUACGGGAAAUACUUUGAGCCAGAAGCCUACUUUCCUCCUUGGGUGGUUACCAAACGAGGAAAGGAAUACAUUUUGAAACACAUUCCAAAUAUGCACAAGGACCAGUAUGCACUUACAGCCUCAGAAGCACAUCUCAAAUACAUCAAGGAGGCUGUCCAGUUAGAUGAUGUGGCCGUUCAUUAUUAUAGGCUAUAUAAGGAUAAAAGGGAAAUUGAUGCUUCACUGAUGUUGGGCUUGACUCUUCAAGGACUUCAGAUAUUUCAGGUUGUGGGAGAAUCUAAACAAUUGUUGUAUGAUUUUCCUUGGACCAAUGUUGGCAAGCUUGUAUUUGUGGGAAAGAAGUUUGAGAUUCUGCCAGAUGGCUUGCCUUCAGCUAGAAAACUUAUUUACUACACGGGCUGUCCUUUGCGCUCAAGGCACUUACUCCAACUACUCAGUAACAGCCAUCGUCUCUAUAUGAACCUGCAGCCAGUCCUGCGACAAGUCAGGAAGCUGGAAGAGAACGAAGAAAAAAAGCAGUAUAGAGAAUCUUAUAUCAGCGACACAAUGGAAUUGGAUAUUGAGCAAUUGGAGAAGCGAUCGCGAGCCAGUGGCAGCAGCGCAGGCAGCAUGAAGCAUAAACGUCUUUCCAGGCAUUCCACAGCCAGCCACAGCAGCUCCCACACUUCAGGCAUUGAGGCAGACACCAAACAAAGGGACCUUGGACCAGAGGACAGUUUCAGUGGAAACAUCCUUCAUAGGAAACUCAAAUCCUGCAACUCAAUGACCAGCCACGGGAGCUCUCACACCUCAGGCAUUGAAAGCGGUGGGAAAGACAGAAUAGAGGAUGACUCACAGGAUGAUGAAAUAGAAAUGCUGGUUGAUGAUCCCAAGGACUUGGAGCAAGUGCAUGAUCUGGCCCCAGAAGUCAAUCCCGACAUGUGUAUUCACAUCACUGAGGAGAUGCUGAUGUCAAGGCAGCUGAAUGGACAUGCAGGGUUGAUUGUACGGGAGCUGAGUUCUUCCACUUCCAGUUCUUCUGAAACAGUAGUGAGACUUUACGGCCAAAGUGUGGAUUCGUUACCACAGCCUGUGUGCAGAAAACCAAAGACCUCCACAGACCGGCAUAGCCAAAGCUUGGAUGAUAUUCGACUUUAUCAGAAGGACUUUACGGAGGUAGCCAACCUUUGCCAAGACGUUGCUCAGAGCUACACGUUUGGCUGUGCUCAUGAUCUGAGUGAGGAAAGUAAUUGCUGUAACCGGUGCUUGGCAGAGCAGUACAGUGCAACAAAGGAAACCUUUAUUGUCAAACGAACAAGUAAAUAUUCAUCUUUGGACCUUACAGCUGAUGACUCUGUUCCUGAAUUUGUGGUUUGAAUGUUGAACUUUUACUAUGCAUUAGUGAUGUGUACUGUAAGUCUGGCUGCCUACUGCAUUCCAAUGACCUUCCAAAUCGACUGCCUACACUUCUCUGUUGAGUUGAAAGACUUUUUGUUUCAAUCAUCCAACGAACAGUUAGUUUAUAUUCUGCAGUUCUUCCAUGUUUCUGAACAAAAACAACUUAGAAAGCAAUGGAUGCCAAGAAGCCAAAGAAAUAUGUUAACAGGAGUCUAAAACAAUGAUAAGAAGAUGUAUAUUUUUGAGAGUCAACGAAAGUUCAGUUACAGCAAGACAGUCAGAAUUCUUUGCACAUUGACUCUUCUGUGGAAAAUUAGAUCCACAGUGUUUGGAGUAUUACAAUUCAGUAUUACACAAACAAAGAUCUUUCUAAAAAAAAACUUGUCUUUUUUAUCAAGCAAAUGUUACGGAGUAAAACGUUAGGGUUUUUAACACGUGUUAGUGGCAUCAUUACUAUGUUGUUGAGCAACUUCUUGAAAAUAUUUCAGUUAAAGGUAUAGACUUGACCUUGGUACUGUGAACCUUGCAAUGUUGUGCUAGUUCUGUUUUAUUCUUGUACCUUUUUAGGUGCCUUUAUUUUACUUGUUGUCAGAUGUAUAUGAGUGCAGUGACAAUCAGAAUCUUUUCUCUAGCUGCAAACUUUCAUCUCCACCCAUAAUAUAAGAGACAAAAAAGAAAAUUACUAUGUUGUGGGAAAUGAUUUGUCUUCUAUUUAGACACACAGUCAUAUUGGGGAUUGAAUCUAAAUUUGUUUUAUGUGAGGUGUGGGAUUGUUGGCCAAUUUGAAUAUUUUUGCAGUUAGCUGGUAAAUUCCACUGAUUUUUGAAGAUGGGUGAAAUCUUCCGCUAUGUACCAGGAGAUGACUGCAAAUGUGUGAGUUGAGAAAUCGAGCCAGUUAUAUUUUGCUGGUGAGUCAAUGAAAGUACAAAUGAGUGGGUAGCCCAAUUGGACUUUGAGUUCCAGUGUACCAAGGGACAAAUUCAAGUUGAGUACUUUUGAAUUCCAGUAAAUUUGUAUUCAAAGACAUGCUAUUUGUUUAUAUGCAGUUACUCAAUGCGUAUAAUUCUAAAUUCACAUUUCUGUUUAAUUUGCUGUCAGAUUGGUUUGAUAACUAUAGUUUGCAUUGAUUUUCAUUCUAAAUUUCAGUGUUGUACUAGUGUAAAUAUGACACAAACCAGCACAAGUCAAGCAAUUUUUUUCAGUAAUCAUAGUCAAGAAUGAUAAUGUCCCAUAUACAUGAAAAGGUUCUCCGCUGCAGGACAAAGGUUAUAAUAGCAGAUCAUUAAACAGCCAUUGGGAUCCAUCAAGCUUUACUCGUAGUAUGAGUAUAAUAGAUAACAAGGAAAUUAAUAGACCACAUUAAAGGAAUUUCAUUUUUAAUUUCAUUAAGACCGUAACAUUUACAUUGUGGCUGAUAUACAAAUUAGCUUUAAGAUGAACUAGCUUUGUUGCUAAAUGGCUAAAUUUUCAAGCUAAUACAUAGUAUUUUACAAUACAUUAUUGAUGGCAAUAUUUUAACAUUUAGCAGCAUUUUUGCAACUGGAAGUUUCUUAAAUAUUUUUUGAUAUGAAACAUGUUUCUAUGGUAUUUUUAUAUAACUGAUAUUUUUACAUGAAAUUAUAUUAAUCAAGUAGUUGUCAAGUGCAGUGCAAUUUUUAGCAGUAUUAUGGCAGUUAGCAGUACUGGAGGCAGUAUUAUAAACUGAUAAUUUCAAUAGAUUGAUAUUUGUAAAUAAAUAUUUUGUUUGGAUAAGUAAGUUGGUUGGCCUUGUGAAAACAUUGGAUUACUCUAUCCCUUCCCCACAUGACGGUUACUUCAUAAAGGAUCAAGGUACUUUUUUUUGUCAAUAAAGAUGAAUCAACUUACUAUUUCCAGUCACAGAAGGCACUAAUCACAGUGUAUUGGGUUCAAUAACAAGGUAGGCAUAGUUUGGGGUUUAAUCGGACUAUGUAGAUGUUUUUAAUUCUGUGCAACCUUAAAACCUCCUUCUAAUGAGAUUACUAAGCUUACGAUUGAAUAAUAGCAAACAUUGUUUCAUUGCAUUCAUGAAAUAUGGGGCAUCAUCGGCUAGGCCAGUGUUUUUUUGACCCUAUCCCUAAUUACCCUGGAGAAGGCAGAAAUUAUCAGUAAACAUUAUUUGUAAAUAUAUCACAUUCUUUUGAGUGCUCCAGUUUAGAUUGAAGCUGUAGUUGCCGUCUAAAAAUGCAUCAAGAAUUUUAAAACUUGUUGAAUUCUCAAUACUUAUUACUGAAGAAUGUAUUGGCAAUUUAGCCAAAUUGAUAAAAAAAAUCCUUUGUUAACUGACCAUAUCAUUUUAAAUGGAGGCUUAAUCAUAUACCUACAUCAGAUUUUUGAAAUAGCAGAAUUCCAUGUUACAGUUAGAUGAGGGAUACAAAAGAGGCUGGUUAUCCUCAGGUUAAGCUUGUAAUUAAAGUCAACAUGGCACAGACUUUGUCCCAUAUUAUUACUUGUAAGACCAGCAGGUGUAUGGCAUUGAAAUUCCAUCUGCUCCACGAUGAUGAGGCAAAGAAGAGCAGAACUGGAUGGUUGGUGAUGCCCUUAUUUCCAUAAAUAUGUAUAUCAAUAAAAUCUGUGUUUCCAAAGAUCAAGAUCUAUCAGUUAGUCUUUCAUAUGCAUGUUUGUGACAGUGGUUCAUGUAUCCACAGAAUCCCAUAAAUGCUUAAUUUUCCUAUCAACAAUGUAUCAGAAUCAAAUAACAGUUUCAUGACAAGGAUGUGAAAGGAAUUGACAUUAGCUAACACUUGUAGCAAAUCCUCAGUAGGAACUAGUUAUUACACUACUUAAUGUGUACAUUUUUAAAGGCAUGAACAAUUUAUAUGCAUCAUUCCAUUUAGCAGAGUUAUGAGAAUUAGAAAUGCACAGAGGAAGUGGAUUAUAAGUUAAUUCACUUUGUGUUUGACGCCACUUGUGCAGCUGAUCAUUUGUGCAGAGGUAAAACAAACAUCACUUUUGAUGGUUUAUCAAAACUCAAUAUUAAUUGGCAAUAUGUCAGUUGAUCAAAACUUCUGACAUCCUAACAUUCUUUACAUUCAGCAAUGUUAGGUGUUUUUAAGAAUAUUCUUUUAGAAUCCAUGUCUCUGGGAUUUUCGGGGCUGUCGCGAUGGCACAUUGUUUUGAAAGUUGAUAAUGAUAUACUAGUUUACGUUGUUUGCUCUAAUUGCCCUUAUGCAUGUGAUUGUUGGACUUCUGCAGAAUACCAGUAAUCUGCCCAACAGAAACAAAGAAUCUCUCUGUUAAUUUGUUAUUGGAAAAUCAAUCUACCAUCUUAUUAAAUUGUUAAACAUUUUGAUUCCCUAUUAACCGGUCAGAAAAAGAAAAUAACAAUCAACACGUUUGGUUUCGAAUGAGGAUUCAUGUGAUAAAAAUGAGGCCCACCUUUGACUGGAAUAAUGAUCUUCCAUAGCUAAUUAAUUUUGGAAUACAUUGCUGCAUCAAGAUAAACAUUCAAAAAAUACUGUGGUACAAGGGUCCCAGGGUACGUCAUCUUUAAAUUUCUUAAUGCUGUUUGAAACUAAACACAGAGAUGGACAUUUUUGGCUAAGCACUGCUUUAAUCUUGCAAAGAUAUAAUUUCUUUUAUGUAUCCAAUCUUGAUCUUUUGCUCAUACUUUUUAUUGGCUUCAUAGAACCUGGGCUUAACGCCAUCUUAAUGUCCAGCAACAUCUGGAUCUAUACUGAAACAUUGCAUUGGUUAUUUAUUCUAAAAUAGGUUUUAUGCAUUAAAUUUAAAAGGCCGUUUUUUUUCAACAGCUUGGUAAAAAUUGUUAUCUUCCAUAUUCUUUAAUGUAAUAAUUGCACAAACGCAUAAAAUCCUUUCUGUGAAAGGUGCUCCUGUCAAAAUAUGUAAAGAAAGAUAACAUUGUGCAACUUGUAAUUGAAUUACUUUGGUAGAAUGAAGUCCUAUGUGUACCUUCAAGGUACAA